CGAGGCUGAGGUCAGUAGUGAGGUAUUUUUAAAAUGGCGAGAAUUUGAGAAUGAUGUUUUGACAACAGUUUCACGUGCAGAUAUUUAUAAAUUCAGUUGUUUUAAAUUGAUGGACCUCUUAGUUUAAGAAUUGAAAGAUGAAUGAAGAUGAAUCUUCAAGCUUGCUGGUAACAAUAUUUGACAUCAAUUCAGUUUGGUGGAGCAAGCAUGAUCAUGGAGCCAAGGAAGAGGAAUCUUUUCUCCACUGCCUGGAAAGUCUGAUGAUAUUUAUUAACUCCCAUUUGCUGAUGAAACAUUCAAACAAGCUUGGCUUUAUAGUAUGUAAUGGUGAUUCAAGCAUUUUUGUAUAUCCAGACAGAGAAGGAGGCCUUAAAGACCUAGCAUCAGUUCGUGAUGGAAAAUAUGAAGAGUUCAUCAGACUCAAUGAUAAUAUUGUUGAUGAAGUGAAGAGAAUUUAUAAUGAAGCUUUGGAAGGGCAUGCUAUUGGUGAAUCAAACAAAGCAACAAAGUUAUCUGGUGCAUUAUCACAAGCCCAUUGCUAUAUACAUCGAUUGAUGAAAGAGAGCACCGCUGUUGACAAGCUCAGUGCAAGAAUUCUGGUUGUAAAAGCUUCUAGUGAUGUUGCCCCGCAGUACAUGCCAAUCAUGAACUGUAUUUUUGCUGCACAAAAAAAUAACAUUGUCAUAGAUGGCUGUGUUUUAGGCGACGAUUCUGGCUAUCUUCAACAGGCUGCUGAUAUCACAGGCGGCAACUAUCUCAAAGUGACGUCAAUCGCUGGUCUUCUACAGUAUUUAUUGUGGGUGUUCCUUCCAGAUCCACACACCAGAAAGUCACUGGUCCUGCCUUCAGCUGUCCAGAUUGAUUACAGAGGAGCUUGCUUUUGCCAUCGCCAACUGGUCGAUAUUGGCUUCGUUUGUUCAGUUUGCCUCUCAAUUUAUUGCAAAUUCAUUCCACGUUGCAUGACUUGCCAAACGCUGUUCAAGCUGCCAGAUCUACCAAUGGGAAGUAAGCCGAAAAAGAAAAAGAAACAAUAGAAAGAGCUUUUGAUAAAGUAGGAGAACAAAGAUUGUGAAAACAUCGGAUUUUUCUGUGCCAUUGAGAAGGGAUAUUGAUUCCUGUUACUAGGUUUAUUGUAAGAAUUACAGACUGGUACUCAGCCAAACGGAAUUUUUGAGCAUAUUGUUUGUUCGUUUGGACUAAAUAAUCAUA